AUGCCUGCGAGAAUUUCACCUACUCUGUCGGUCGCUGAUGUACCGGAAGCGACUGUCGAAGACUUCGAUAUUAUUACAAGGGUUCGGGAUGUCAAUGUUACCGAGUCUUUAACCUGUCCUGGAACCCCAUUGAUUCGGAUUAUCCGGGAACCAAGUAGGCGCUCGCGCUCAAAGUCGUCGAGCAAGAAAGAGCAUGGCAGACGGCCAUCACGGUCUCCACACCCCUCGCCCCUCGUUGUUGCUCUCCAACUCGUGGAGGAGGAAAGACAGGCUAACCAGCUCAAAUCGUUACUUCGUGGGACGAGUGAUCGGGACAGAAUUGAACGAGAAGUGCGAAGAGCAGACGAUGCAUGUGGGCGGGUGCAGUUUGCGGAACGACGUGAGAAAGAGGCUUUAGGAAGAGCGACUGCAGCCGAAAAAGCGCGUCAAGAGUUGGAGGAUGAAAAUGUACAGCUUCUGCAGGAGUCAAGGAAAUAUCAAAUGCAGUUAGAAGCAGCUGGACGAGAUAUCAGACGCUUGCAGUCCGAUAUGGACAUGCUGAGGCAAGAAUACGAAGACAUGGAAAAGUCUGAUGCCAGAGCUCGGGAGUCGUCUCGGAAGUAUCAGACGGCGCUACGAGAUCUCGAGGCGCGGCAAGAGAGUAGGGAAGAGGGGAAGAGAUUGGCCAUAAAGAAAAGUUUUAAUGAUGGGCAAACGGCAGGUUGGGAUGAGGGUUACACUGCUGGAUAUAGGGAGGGUAAAAGGGUUGGAGCCGAGGAGGGGUUGAAAACUGGAAGGAAGGAAGGGUUACGCGAGGGCCGCGAACAAGGUCGGAACGAAGAACGACGGAGUGCUCUUGAAGCCUUUGAUAAAUUUCUGGCAGAGGGCGACGAGAGUAGCGAAAGAACACGUCGCUGGACACAAUCAGUAUAUCACCCCCAUUACGACGACGGCCAGUCCACCGUCGGAUACAGCGCAUCGCUGCGUGGUCUUCGUCGGUAG